AAGAAAAAAAGGAAUUAACACUUUAAAGAUACUAUUUUAUUAUUAUUAUUUUUAACAUAUAAUUCAUCCGAAUGUUAUUUAUAUAAAUUGUUGAACUUUUAUUUUUUUAUUUUUUUCCCUCUCUCUCUCUCACUUUAUAUUUUAUUUUAUUUUUGUAUACGUAUUUAAAGGAAAAUGCUAACUUAUAUGGAAGUUCAUCUGUAUUACACAUUACCGGUUCUCGGUUUACUCUAUUGUCUAUUAAAGCCAUUUCAUACCAAUAAAGAUAGUAUCAAAUAUAAAUUUUUAGUGGGCAUUGCCUUUAGUACAGCUUCUAUAUGGGAUAAUUAUAUCGUUUAUCAUCGUGCAUGGUCUUAUUGCUCUACUUGUGUUACAGCUGUCAUUGGCCAUGUCCCUUUAGAAGAAUAUAUGUUUUUCAUCAUCAUGACGUUAAUGACAGUUGCCUUUACAAAUCUAGUGAUGCGAUGGCAGUUACCUAGUUUUUAUAUCAAGCCUAAUACCCCUCUUAUUCAAACACUCUUUGUUCGUUUUGUUCCAAUUCUUGCUCUUUUAACUAUUUCAUACAAAGCUUGGAAUUUAGCAAUCCCCAACAAACCUCUAUUUUAUGGAUCGUGUAUUCUUUGGUACACAUGCCCUGUGUUAGCUUGGCUUUGGUAUACGGGAGGUGAAUACAUGUUACGUCGUCCUAUGGCUGUUCUUAUCUCUAUCUGGGUUCCUACUGUUUAUUUAUGCUGGGUCGAUCAAAUAGCUAUUCAUGCUGGUACAUGGGCUAUCUCAUUACGCACAAGUACUGGAAAAUUCGCUAGACCUGAUUUACCAGUUGAAGAAUUUGCUUUCUUCUUACUCAUCAAUACCGUCUUGGUCUUUGCUAGUUGUUCACUGGAUCGUGCCUUUGCCAUUCUUCAUCUCUUUAAAGAGAAUAAACAACAUGGUCAGCUAACUUCUUAUACCUUCUCAGACCUCAUGUGGGCCUCUUGUAUACCAGAUCAACUCCUUCACAAGGCCACCCUUCAAGACUUACUUACAAGCUGGAGUAUCUUGCGUAAGGCAUCCAAAUCAUUUUAUACUGCCUCUGUUGUAUUCCCCUCUGAUGUACGUCAAGAUUUAGGCAUUCUCUAUGGCUUUUGUCGUGCUACAGAUGACCUCUGUGACAAUGAGGAUAUCUCGGUUGACAAGCGUAAGACACAAUUGGAACUGACUUAUCAAUUUAUAGGUGAAUUGUUUGAUCAAAAAUUAAGUUCGCCUCAUUGCAUUCGAUGGGAUCUCUACUAUCAAGCUCUGCCGAUCGAUUGUCUUGCUGCCUUUCGAUCUUUUACACGACUUCGUCAUGUGUUACAAGUAGAAGCCGUUCGUGAACUCUUGGAUGGUUAUCAAUGGGAUCUUGAACGUCGAACGAUCCAAGAUGAAGAUGAUCUCAAGCGUUACUCUGCCUGCGUAGCAAGUAGUGUAGGUGAAAUGUGUACUCGAAUUAUACUGUCUCAUGAAAGACGUGAUGGGUUGACGAAACCGGAGGUCGAUUGGACAAUUGAUAAGGCUCGUGAAAUGGGUUUAGUGUUACAAUACACAAAUAUUGCAAGAGAUAUCGUGACAGAUAGUCAAGAAUUAGGACGCUGCUAUUUACCCAAGAAUUGGUUACAGCCUCAAGAAUUAGAUCUUAUCUCACAAGGUCGAGCAAAGGAAUUAGGUGAUAAACGAUUAUCAGGACUUUCAUUGAGACUUAUCAAGAAAGCGGAUCAUUUGAUGUCGAGCGCCAUAAACGGUAUCGCUAAAUUGCCUUCUCAUUCUCAGGGAGGUGUACGUGCUGCCUGUAAUGUCUAUACAGCGAUUGGAGCUGUACUUAAAGAUCAUCAUCAACAUCGUCAUUACCCUACACGAGCUUAUGUAUCUAAACUGAAUCGUGCCAGAAUUGCAUUACUUAGUGUUUACAAUUUAUACUCUCAUGGUGAAAAACCCGCAACGAAUUCGAUCAUAAAAGGAAAAAUUAGAAGCUUUAUGGUUGAAUAAAGUUACAUGAAAUCAUUUAGAAGAAAUUAUCAUAAAUAAAAUAUGAUUGGAUAUAAUUAGCAUUUCUUAAUGUUCUUUUUAUUAUGAAUAAAAAUAAAUAAAUGAUUAAAUAAAAUCUAGCCCUUUUUUCCUUUUCA